GCGUCGUACGAGUGCGCACGCGAUCGCGGGUCAUACACAGCGUCGUCGUCGUCGUGUGUUGUACGGUGGUCGCGAUCAUAAUAAUAUUAUUGUAUCCGCGUCGAUCGCCGCCGCCAUUCGAAUCGAUUCCUCCGCGCGCGCGUUCCAUCGGUUUUCUCGGCUCUUCCCGGUCGCAGGUCGCGGGGACUUUGCUGCUGGUGACGGCGAUGCCAGUGUGGGCCGCCUAGAAUCCCGCCGAGUGGAGCGCUCGACCGUUCCGCGUGCACGUGUGUGCGUGUGUGUGUGUGUGUGUGUGUGAGUGUGUGUGAGUGUGUGCGCGUGUACCGUUCUACCGUUGCAGUCCUCCGCCGCAGCUGUGUGUAGACGGUGUUGUCGCCGCCGUUGUCCUAUCGUCGCCGCCGUCGUCGUCAGAGGUAUUUGAGUACACGCAUUGUACGCCUUAACGUACCAGGGGUCACCAAACGGCGGCCCGCCGACAAACAAUUUACCUGAUAUUUAGACAACAAUCACCAUGUCGGAAUACAGCGGUGAAGCCAAGUACCGACCAAAACGGUAUCAGUCUAUUGGCAAAUUGUUCAAAAAACGUGUUCCAAUCAUUUCUUGGCUACCCAAGUAUGAUGCAGAUCAAGCUGUCAGUGACUUGAUCGCCGGGGUCACUGUUGGACUAACAGUCAUGCCUCAAGGGCUGGCGUACGCUACACUCGCAGGUCUAGAACCACAGUAUGGUUUAUAUUCUGCGUUUGCUGGAUGCAUUGUUUAUACAGUAUUUGGUAGUUGUAAGGACAUUACCAUUGGGCCUACAGCAUUAAUGUCACUUAUGACUUACCAACAAGUGGUCAAUAAAAACGCCGACUAUGCAGUAUUAUUAUGUUUUUUGUCUGGUAUUUUACAGUUCAUUAUGGGAUCACUUAAACUAGGUGUAUUAAUUGACUUCAUUUCCAUCCCGGUGACCGUUGGUUUUACAUCAGCUACGUCUGUUAUCAUAGCAGUAUCUCAAUUAAAGGGUCUUCUUGGCCUAAAGUUUGAAUCAUCAACCUUUUUAGAUUGUCUACUGAAAGUGUACCAGAAUAUUGGUAAUUACCGUGCCAAUGAUACAAUUCUGGGAGUUACUUCUAUUAUCAUACUACUAAUGCUUCGAAAAGUAAAAGAUAUUAAAUUAUUUGGACCUAAUGGUAAGCCAUCCAACAAACAAAGGACAAUUAUGAAAGGGCUGUGGCUACUCUCCAUAUCUAGAAAUGCUUUAAUUGUGGUUGCUUGCUCAAUCAUUUCAUACUGGUGUUAUAGGCCGAAUUCAGAACCUUACGUGACUUUAAUUGGGAAAGUAAGAUCUGGCUUGCCACCGUUAAAAUUUCCACCGUUUGGAACGGAAAUAAAUGGUACACCGGUUAGCUUCAUUAAUAUGUGUUGGGAUCUCGGAUCUUCCAUUAUAUUAGUACCAGUGAUUGCUGUUCUCGGAAAUGUCGCCAUCGCCAAAGCAUUUGCUAGCGGAAAUUCAGUGGACGCUACACAAGAACUCUAUUGUUUGGGCGUUUGCAAUUUACUGGGUUCGUUCGUUUCGUCGAUGCCCGUUACUGGAUCGUUUUCAAGAAGUGCAGUGAAUCACGCAAGUGGCGUACGGACUCCUAUGGGCGGAAUGUAUACGGGUAUACUUAUUAUUUUGUCAUUAAGUUUAUUGACGCCGUACUUUUACUUCAUACCCAAAGCAGCUCUAGCAGCAGUUAUCAUUAGUGCUGUUAUUUUCAUGAUCGAAUACGAGAUCGUUAAGCCUAUGUGGAAAUCUAGUCGAAAAGACUUGAUACCUACGUUUGCAACAUUUGUUUUAUGCCUGGGCAUUGGUGUCGAACUUGGAAUUUUAGUAGGUGUUGCCAUAAAUAUCAUGCUUUUACUUAUACCGUCGGCUAGACCGUUUUUGCACAUUGAAAUGAAAAAGUUAAGAACUGGCCUGGAUUAUUUACUAGUGACUCCGGAGAAUAGUCUUUACUUUCCAGCUGUAGACUUUAUGCGAGCCAAAACAGAUCGAGCUGCUGUUAAAAUGGGACAGUCUAAACUUCCUGUUGUGGUUGAUUGUAAACAUAUACUUGAUGCAGAUUUUACAGCUGCUAAAGGUAUUGCUGGCUUAAUAAUGGACUUCAAAAGGCGAAAACAGCCAUUAUGUUUUUAUAAUCCAAGAAAAAGUGUUCUGGCCGUUCUACAGGGUGUAUGUGUUGAUGAAAUUGUUCACUGUUUCACAUAUGACGAACUGGAACAAACCCUCAAUGAUAUCAACUUUUCUGGAAAUUUAGCGGAAUUAAAAGACAUAGUACAUACAACAUCUCAACAGUCACAUGAAACGCCACUUUUAAACAGGAGACAACAUUAAACACACAAGUUAUUCUUUGUAAUUUUUUCCUAUAUGAUGAAUAAAUAUCUACUAUAAUUUAAUUUAUACAUAAUCAUCAUAAAUUAUGAGUACAUUUUGCUCAUAUUUAUAUAGGUCUAAUUUAAGUAUUUAUUUUUUGUGGAAUUUGUAUUAACCAUACAAACAUUGAUAAUGACAAAUUUUUUUCAUGUAUACUAAUUUUGUUCACCCAUAUAAAGUUAGAAACUAAAGAAUCAUCUUUUAUAAUA